GUUUCCUGACAGUUCAUCCGGCUACGGGCACGUAGAAGAGCAUAAUCACAGGCAUCUGAACCCGGUCAAGAUAGUCAAGAGAUACUAAGGAUGGCACGAGUGGUGUUUCUCCAUCCAGACCUCGGUAUUGGUGGAGCAGAGAGACUGGUGGUGGAUGCUGCUGUUGCGCUGAAGUCUCAGGGAUGCAGCGUGCAGAUUUGGACGGCCCAUUACGACCCAACACACUGCUUCGCCGAGACCCUGGACCCAGAACUACCUGUGGUGUGUGUGGGUGACUGGCUACCCACCAGAGUGUUUGGUUACCUGCACGCCCUGUGCGCCUACCUGAGGAUGAUCUAUGUGGCCCUCUACCUGGUCUUCCUCAGUGGGGUGGAGUACGAUGUCAUCUUCUGUGACCAAGUGUCGGUGUGUAUCCCGGUGCUGCGACUGUCCCGUGUCAGGAAGAAGGUUUUGUUUUACUGUCACUUUCCAGACCAGCUGCUGACGCAGAGGAAGUCAGCGCUGAAGAAGCUUUAUCGCGCUCCCAUCGACUGGCUGGAGGAACGCACCACUGGCAUGGCUGACAUGAUUCUGGUAAACAGCCAGUUCACCGCAGGCAUCUUCAAAGAGACCUUUCGUGGUCUAAGAGGAGUCCAGACAGAUGUCCUCUAUCCCUCCCUCAACACACAUACCUUUGACCAGCAGUCCAGUGAAGCACAAGGCCUGGGAGGGCUGCUCCCUGAGGGAACCUCAUGCCUGUUUCUCUCUCUGAACCGAUACGAGAGGAAGAAGAAUCUGGGGCUGGCUCUGGAGGCUCUUGCAUUCCUGAUGAGCAGCCUUCCUCCAGGCCAGAGAGCAGGUAUUCACCUGGUGGUGGCGGGGGGCUACGAUGACCGAGUCACUGAGAAUGUUCAACACUACACUGAACUGAGAGAGCUCGCAGCGCAGCUUCACUUGGAAGGCUUUGUCACUUUCCUGCGCUCCCCCUCUGACUCACUGAAGGUGGCACUGCUGCGGGGCAGCUGUGCCGUGCUGUACACCCCGAGCAGAGAGCAUUUUGGGAUAGUUCCCGUGGAGGCCAUGUACUGCUGCUGCCCUGUGAUCGCGGUGAACUCCGGGGGCCCCCUGGAGAGCGUGGCAGACGGGGAGACGGGCUUCCUGUGCGAGCCCACGGCGGAUGCCUUCUCUAAGGCCAUGGAGAGGCUCGUGAGGGAGCCGCAGCUUCGCAGGGACAUGGGGCAAGCUGGGAGGAGGAGGGUUCAAGAGAAAUUCUCUCUUCAGGCCUUCUCAAACCAGCUAUAUGGGUACGUUACGAGGCUGAGCCAGUGAGCUGAAUGCUGGAGAAGAGUCGGGAGACAGUUGGAAAAAUGAUCCUCGGCUGAACUGUGAAUUGUCUGUGGAUGACGAGGGUCUUCAGUGAAGAGGAUCAGAGAAUGUAUGUGUAAAUGUGCAG